AUGGGUCACAUGGAGGUGUUCCCGGAGAGAAUCUGCCCUUCAAUAUCCACAACCGCACUAGAAUUACGCUACACUUCAUGUGGUUUGGUCUUACCGGCCUUUCAGCACCUUAUCUCAUCAUGUUGUACCAGAUUGCCAAAAAGUAAAUGUAAAUGCAUUUCAACAUUCAAUCAUAGGUUAUUCAACAGAAAUAUUCGAAUCACUCCCAUGGUGGUGUCCCUGGUGAGAACCUUCCCUUCGAUAUUUCCAACCGCUACAAGCUCACAGCUUUAUUCAUGGUGUUUGUAUCCUCUGGUCUGUCUGCUCCAUUCCUCAUCACUCGUCACCAGCUUCUUAAGAAGUAAAUUGUUUCAUCUACUU